AUGAACUCUGUACGGGCUCUCCCAAUGUUCCGUUCGUCUUCCCAGUCAACAGACCCAGACUCAGAAGUAGUUGUCGGCUGCUACAGGCGAACCGAUGAGCCAUGCAUGCUCACAUUCAGAGUCGGGGAUCCCGUAUGGGCCCGCAUUGACGGAGUAUGGUCACUUGGUGUGGUUAUAAGUGAUUGCUAUUUACAACAAGGCAAAUGUGGAGGCCGCCCCAUCCCUACUCACACUGUACUAACACGUGUUGGCUCGCUAUCCGCACCACUCACGCCAAUUCCAUUAUCAACGCUCUUCGGGACUCUAAAACCGGUUGACACGUAUAUGGCUUCUUUGCUUCAUGCUGAGGGCAAGUUCCCGUCUUAUGGCAAUGAUCGUGCAAUAGUACUGGACCUCCAAAUGACGGCACGGCAAUGGAUGGAGCAAUGGCGUCGAGAAGCGAAGGCUCGAAGAGGCGGCAGGUAA